AUGACGUUUGGUACGACCGAAGCUGUGACAGCAUUGCGACCGUUCUAUUUUCUCGUUCACCCUGAUUUCUUCGGCCGGUAUCCAGAAGUGCGACUAGUGAACGAGAAUUCGCUGAAGUCGUUAAACAAUUAUUUGGAUUCGCUGAUCCGUGGAAAACCCGUUUGCUCGGCAAAGAAACUUACUUUCUACUUGCGUAGCAAAGCAUCGCCUUCUGAAAUGCUGUCGAGCGACAGCGACGGUUGCCGACUUAAAACCGUUUCUAUUGUAUUGUCCCACAACGAUCCGUACUCUCUGGUUCGAUGUGUUCUCGAAACCUGCUCGUUAUCAACCGAGAGUUUGUUGAAGACUGAGAGCCGCAAUGCCACUGCGAACCGGUUCAGAGUUUCUACUGAAAGAAGCGGCAUUUAUAAGAGUUCGGAACUCGGUCCUGAAGGCUGGGUGAAGAAACUAGCAUCAGAAGCGUUGAAGCAGAGAAAAUUAUACCGUUCCGCCUGCGCCGAAUCGGAAAGCAUUGUUGAGGCCGUCAAGAAUGCAUAUGGCAUUCGGGAGGUGAAGUGGGAUUCUCCGUGGUCAAUAUUACAUUUUCAAGGCUGCCUUAAAGUCUUCAGCGACCAACUUCGUGGCUAUCCAGAAUUUUCUUCGAUUCUGCGCGGAAGAGUAUGUUCUUUCAGUACGUUAUUGCAGUGGCGAUGGUUGUUGUACUGA